UCUGAGCUUUCUCUCCUCCAUUGAAGCAGUCUCUAAGAUGCGAUUGAAGUUAUUUAGGGCGGAAAGUGGCACUACGACAGUGUGGAGUUGGGAUGAAAUGAACUACGAUGUAUUGUUAAAGAUAAUGAAGAGAGUGCCAUUGGGGGAUAGGCUUUGUGUAGCAUGUUUGGUGAGCAAGACAUGGUUGUCGGCAGUAUUAGAUUCAAUGUCACCCCCUGGUGUGAUCAAUCUCAAACGCUUGGAUUGCCCUAAGUUCCAACAAAUGAACAAUAGAUAUCUUGUUUUCUUGAAGCGUAGGCUGGAUACUAUGCCAGUUGACUCUUGCUCUGCAUUUUAUCAUGGCGAAACCUUUCUUCAAGAAUAUAAGUAUCGGUAUAUUGCUAAAAGGACACCUUCCAUGCAGAAGUUGAUAAUACCCCGGGCAGUGCGUACGAAUUAUACUUUUAUUCUGCCUGCUAUGAAAUACUGGAAGAAGCUGAAGAAAGUGCAGUUUCCUUCAAUAUUAAUAGCACAAUUCCGAAGAAACUUUACUGAGGUCGAAACUCUGCGGUUAUUUGGCGCUGUGGAUGAUGAUAUUGCAACAAUUAUACGUGACAGAUGUCCUCAACUCAAGCGAUUGAGGCUCGACUAUUGUGCUUUAUCGAUCAAUGCAUUGUCUACUAUUUUGGAUGGCCACAAAGAUUUGGAGUUAUUGGAUACUCGCCAUAGUUUUCGUGUUCCUGACUGCAGGAUAUUGUUUAGCGAUCGGGUGUCGCUAUGUUUAGAGUGGAAUGAAGAGGAGAUUCGGUGUAAGGCUGCUGGUGUUAAGGUGCACCUGAAAUGCGCUCGAGACCGUUGUAGGAAGUGUGCUCCACGUAAGUGUAAUUUACCUCUCCGGAGCUGUUUUCCUGAUCUCAAGCCUUUUAAAUCUGAUUAUCGUGCUCGUCUUUAA